CUCAUCACACCCACCCACCCACUCUCCGUCCUCAUUCUUCUCGGUGGUGGCUUUCUGAGCUUUCCAGAGGACAUGGAAGAUGGGCUCGUGUAGCGCAGCCCACCUGCACCCAGCUGGGGUGGUGUGAUCUUGAGCUCCAGGAAGACACCGAAACCUCCUCCUCGUCUCCUGGUUCAUACGCAUGGACAACAAGCCACGCCUCACGAGGCUCCCCCCUGGCUUCAGGUUCCACCCAACCGACGAAGAGCUCGUGGUUCAGUACCUCAAGCGGAAGGUCUUCUCCUGCCCCUUGCCCGCCUCCUUCAUCCCUGACAUCGACCUCGCAAGAUUCGAUCCAUGGGACUUGCCAGGUGGGGGCGAGGAGGAGAGAUACUGCUUCAGUCUAAGGGAGGCCAAGAGCCCCAGCAGGAGCCGAUCGAACCGGGUGGCGAGGUCCGGGUACUGGAAGGCCUCGGGGAGGGACAAGCGGAUCACGUCGCCGAGGUGCGGCCAGGUGGUGGGGAUGAAGAAGGUCUUGGUCUUCUACGGAGGGAAGCCUCCCACCGGGAGCAAGACUGACUGGGUCAUGCACGAGUACCGCCUCGCCGGCCCCGAGUCCACCGCCUGCAUCUUCCCCCAGAGGAAGAACUCAACUCAUAAUUGUAUCAUCCCGAGCAGAGAUUGGGUGCUCUGUCGCAUUUUUAAGAAGAAAAGAGCUACCAAGAUGGAUGUCGAGACCGAGGAAGCGGAAGAAGCGCCAGUUACAGAGAGCGGCAUUGGCUUCAUUGACUUCAUGGGGCAGAGAUAUAGAGAUCAAGGUCAUUCUGCAUCCUCUUUAUCUGACUCAAGCUGCGUAACCGACACCUCUGAUGGAUCCUGCAAUGGAGAGGAAACCAGUUCUGGCAGCUAACUUUCACUUCCAUAAGGAAGAGAGGCCUGGAAAUUAUCUGUAUCAGUGUACCAAAAUUAGAACCUCCUUUUUUGUUGGAAGCCAAAGUCAAGUCCAAAUAACCUGGGAUAGUAUAUGUGGAAGUUGGAAAAGAGUUCUAGGAUUUCUAGUCUCUUUUGUGUUUUCUUUAACAACUUGAUGCAAGAGAGCUUUGUGAAGCUGAUGAACUGAUGGUUAAUGUCGAAUCAUGUUCUAAUUAACAAAAUCACAUGUUCCUAUGGCUUCAA